CUCCGUUGCGUGCGGUUGUGUCGUUGUGCUUUUCCCAAGUUUAUUUUCGUCGUCCAUGCCACACGGGCUGGCUGUCCAGGAGCAUUGAUCCAGACACCAUGGCACGGACCAAGGAAGACACCACCGACGCCACCACCCUUGCGCUGUUGGGGAAAAAGCAAGUCCUCAAGCGGCGAUUCGGCUUCUGGUCGCUCUUUGGGUUCGCCGUGUGCGAACUGAUCACCUGGGAGACGGUGCUCGCGCUUUUCAGCCAGGGAUUCGACAAUGGAGGGCCCGCGGGACUGGUCUACGGGUUCAUCAUCGCGUGGUCCAGCACGCUGUCGGUCUACACGGUCAUCUCGGAGCUGGCGUCCAUGGCCCCGAUCGCGGGAGGCCAGUACUACUGGGUCUACAUGCUCGCGCCGCCGCGGUGGAAGGUGUUCAGCAGCUACAUCAUCGGGUGGCUGACCUCGCUGGCGUGGAUCGCCACGGUGGCGACCGAGACCAUCUUCGCGGGGACCAUGCUCCAGGGCAUCAUCAUCCUCGACUACAAGGACUACGACGCCCAGCGGUGGCACGGCACCCUGCUGGCCUGGCUGGUCAUGGCCGUCGCCGUCUUCAUCAACGUGGUCAUCCCCGGGGCGCUGCCCAAGUUCGAGAUCUUCAUCAUCGUCUUCCACAUCGCCGGCUUCGUCACCAUCCUCGGCGUGCUCUGGGCCUACGCGCCGCACAACUCGGCCCACUUCGUCUUCGCGACCGCGCUCAACGAGGGCGGCUGGCCCACCCAGGGCCUGUCGUACUGCGUCGGCUUCCUGGGGAACGUCGCCACCUUUGUCGGCGCGGACGCUUCCGUCCACAUGGCCGAGGAGGUCGAGCACGCGGGGCUGAACAUUCCGCGGGCCAUCAUUGCCAGCAUGUGCAUCAACGGGCUGGUGGGGUUCGUCAUGAUGCUGACGGUGCUGUUCUGCCUGGGCGACGUCGAUUCCGUCUUGGAGACGGCGACAGGGUAUCCAUUUAUCCAGAUUUUCUACAACAGCGUGAACUCGGUCGCCGGCGCCUCAGUCAUGACCGCCGUCGUGCUGGCGUUGACGUGGGCGUGCGCGACGGGCAUCACGACGACGGCGUCGCGUAUGACGUGGUCGUUUGCGCGCGACCGCGGCACGCCGUUCAGCAAGCCGCUCAGCUACGUGUCGCGGGUGCGCCGCAUCCCCGUGGUGGGCGUGGUCGUGGUGGUCGGGUUCGCGGCGCUGCUAACGCUCAUCUACAUCGGGUCGUACACGGCCUUCAACGACGUCAUCUCCCUCACCAUCACCGGCUUCUACUGCUCGUACUUCCUGCCCGCGGCGUUCCUGCUGUGGCACCGCGCCAAGGGCCACAUCAGCCCGCACAAGCAGGACACGCCGGGCCUGCCGAUCGGCGACGGCGACGACGGCGGGGUUCUGGAGGGCGGCGCCGCGUCCGAGCAGGAGGAGAAGAUUAGCGGAGGAGGAGGAGUCGUCGGUGGCGGCGGAGACUCCAAGGUCCUCGAAUCCGGCCUCGCGACCGGCGGCGUCGGCCCCGUGUACGGCGCCGACGACGACAACCCGGGCCCCGGCCGGCGGCCCUCGAUGGUCGCCCAGCCGCAGUUGCAAUGGGGCCCGUUCCACCUGCCCGAGCCGUUCGGCACGGUCAACAACCUGUACGCGUGCCUGUACAUGAUCUUCGUCAUCUUCUGGAGCGUCUGGCCCCCCGUCACCCCCGUCGACGCCUCGACCAUGAACUACAGCGUCGUCGUGACCAGCGGCGUCGUCAUCUUCAGCAUCGUCUGGUACUGGGUCAAGGGCCGCCACGAGUACCACGGCCCCACCAUCGACGACGAAGUCGCCAGCGUCAUGAGGCUGGGGAGCAUCGUCGCCGUUUGAUCCCUUUCCCCCUUGCCACUGCCACCGCCACUGCCGCUGAACAUCCCGCCGGCGCUGACCACAUGAUGAGCUCGCCAGAUCCUGUUCCCCAAAAAAGGCCGGGCGAAUGACGGGAUAGCUGCCCUUGUUCUCGGCUUCUGGAUUUAAAGAGCG